CGGGUUUUUUUCUUCCAGGCUGAACACGAUGGAUUUGGUGGUGGACGUCGUAGACACCCAUUUCUGCACCAAGUACAACAUCUAUCCCAACGGCUGGACCGAAGACUACUGGCUGCGCCAGUUAAUAUCUCUCUAUUUCAUCUUUUACUUUGGGGCUCUUCUUAUAUAUUUCGUCGCCUCUGCACUCGUUUUCUUCUUCGUCUUUGACCACCGACUGAUGAAACACCCGUUAUUUCUGAAAAACCAAAUUCGUCGUGAGAUAUGGCAGUCGGUUACGGGCGGACUCGGACUCGUUGUCUUCACGGUGGUGACGGUCUUCCCUGAACUCCACGGCUAUGCUAAGCUGUACACGCUGGACGAGGUCGGGGCUACGGGCUCUGAAGCAAUACUUCUGAUCACUCGAGACGUCGUGGGACUCAUCUUCUUCAGUGACUGCUUCAUCUACUGGAUCCAUCGUUUCUUGCAUCACCGCUACGUCUACCGUCACCUCCACAAGCAGCACCAUAUGUGGAAGAUCCCUACCCCCUUCGCUAGCAUCGCCUUCCACCCACUGGACGGGUACCUCCAGAGUGUCCCGUACCACGUCUACACGUACCUCUUCCCGCUGAACAAGCACGCCUUCCUCGUCAUGUUUGUGCUGGUCAACGCCUGGACCAUCAGCAUCCACGACGGUGACAGUCGGGUACCAGCGUUCCUUCGACCCUUCAUCAACGGCUCGGCGCACCACACCGACCACCAUCUUUACUACAACUACAACUACGGUCAGUACUUCACCCUGUGGGAUCGCAUCGGGGGCUCCUACAGAAACCCCUCCGUGUAUGAGGGCUCUUCCCUUGUGGAUGCUGUCAACAAGAAGUCCAGUAAGCUCCUGGAUGGGGAUGAAUGUAACGGGGAUGAAUGUAACGGGCAUGACAAGGCCCACAAAGGCUGAAAAGCCAUUCGAACUGUUUCCAGCUACAUGCCAGAAAGUUGGCCCAUACUGGCUUACACAAUCUACUUGGUCAUUUUGCAUUUUUUUUCAUGAGAUGUUCGUUGAAAUCUAGCCUCAUUGAAAAUCGAUAUACAAACAUUCAAGUUGUGAUUACACGGACAAAUAAUAUUUCACAAAAAAAAAGUAUAACACAGAGAUCUAGAAUACUGACGACCAUCAUUCUGUGAUUGGCUAAUCCAUUGGCACGUGAUUGGCUAAUAUCUUUUCCAUCAUAAUUAUUCCAAGUCUUUGCUAGUCCUAUGCUUCGUAUCGGUCGCUGCAGGCGGCGCGCCGAGAAAACAAAGGAUUCGAUAUUAGCUAACGUCAUUAAUUUUCCAAAAAAAGAGUGUUGAGUUGCCAUAAUUAAUUUUUGUUUGAAGUUUUUCUGCUGUGUAAUCCUCGGUUACUAGACAAAACAUGUACAUGAUUAGGUUUACAUACAUUGCACAUUAUUUGUAAGUACAUAUGAUAUUCUCUUGCACUUCAACAUUCCCUUAAUGAAGUAUAACUUUUUUCUCUUUUUUAAAUUUAUCUAAGAUUGUUUUUCACUUAUUUUUUAUUUAUUUGUGUUUUUUUUGUACGGUAAUUCAUCUUAAAGUUUAGGUUUAGGUCGGCAAUGACCAUGGUUCCGUGAAAUCCUGGUAGUCUGGGAUGGUCGAUCACCUGACAGCCCGCCCUCUAUGACGCUUUUGUUCAAAACGAGAUGAGAGUGGUGGAUUAAUUAUAGCAGUGGCAUUGACCUAUGACCCGACGGCCUGGAUCUCGAUGGAAGCUUUUCACUAAUAAUAUGUAAAUAUUUUUUUUGCACUUUUUGAAGCCGUUAGUGGGCUUUUCAAACGGCUGAAGAGGAUAUCACGUUUUAAAACUCGAAAAACUC